AUGGGCGAGCCUGCGGCGGAGUGCCCCUACGCCGCGCGGACCAACCACUACGGCCUGACGAACCGCCGGAUGGGCGGCGAUGUUCCCGGCUACACAGGCUUCAUCCCCGGCAAGCACUCCGAGCAGGUUCUCGGCACCACCUUCGCCAACAGCAACGCGAACGCGCAGGACUGCUCGACGGCGCUGCGCCGCCCAGAGAGGGCUCCGCACCUCCCCGAGGGGGGCCCGAUGUGCUGGAGCGGCAGCCACGCCGCCCUCGUCUCCGCCGGCAGCGUGGCGCCCCUGGGCGCGCCGCAGGCCUGA